CUUGUACCUCAUCUCUGUGCUGCCUAAAGGAGCGACCCCGCAUCAGUCCCAGGCUGUAGUCCACCUGGUGCCGCGAUAAAAAGGUUACAAGUUCAGGUUCUGCAAUGGGAUGUAGUCUCUCUUGGAUGAGCGAAACCAAGAGACAAACCCAGAGAGAGCAUCUGUCAAAACCUGAACAGUAGCGUCAGAAUUGCACAGAGCCGGCAAGCCGACCAAAGCAGCAGCUCUGCCGCCGAACCGAAAUGUCGGAUGUCACUUCACCAACUCCAGAACCUCCUCAAAUCGUCAACCCUCCACCUCCCGAGGUGACGAACACCACUAAACCCGGCCGAAAGACCAAUCAGCUGCAGUACAUGCAGAAUGUCGUGGUCAAGACUCUGUGGAGGCAUCAGUUCGCUUGGCCUUUCUACCAGCCAGUCGAUGCCAUCAAGCUCGGAUUACCGGACUAUCACAAGAUAAUAAAGAAUCCGAUGGAUAUGGGCACCAUCAAGAAAAGGCUAGAGAACGUGUACUACUGGAGCGCCAGCGAAUGUAUGCAAGACUUCAAUACAAUGUUUACCAACUGUUACAUCUACAACAAGCCAACAGAUGACAUCGUUUUAAUGGCUCAAGCGUUGGAGAAGAUCUUCCUGCAGAAGGUUGCUCUGAUGCCCCAAGAGGAAGUGGAGCUGUUGCCUCCUGCCCCUAAAGGCAAAGGUCGCAAACCUGGACCAGGUCAGCAAGAGGGAAGCGUGACUUCUGGCUCGCCAACCUCCGCGUUCCCGGGUGCCACUUCGCCAGUCUCUCAGCCACCGGUCAUCUCUCCUCCAGCGCCUGCUAUCACGCCCAGCACACCCACUGUACAGAACACGCCCGCCACCCCAAUAAUGCCUGGCAUGCCUCCCUCGCAACCCUUCGGCAAAAAGAAAGGGGUGAAGAGGAAAGCGGACACCACCACACCCACUACCUCUGCCAUCACGGCCAGUAGGAGCGAAUCGCCAACCCCUCUCUCUGAGAGCAAGCAGGCCAAAGCGGCGUUGCGGAGAGAGAGCACUGGGCGACCCAUCAAACCACCCAAGAAGGACUUGGACGAGGUAGAAGCGGGUCAGCAAGGAGCCAAACGAGGCCGGCUCACCGAGCACCUCAAACACUGCGACACCAUCCUGAAAGAAAUGCUCUCCAAGAAGCACGCUGCAUACGCCUGGCCGUUUUACAAACCCGUCGAUGCCGAAGCACUCGGACUGCACGACUACCAUGACAUCAUCAAACACCCCAUGGACUUAAGUACAGUCAAAAAAAAGAUGGACGGUCGGGAAUACCCGGAUGCACAGAGCUUCGCCUCCGAUGUGCGAUUAAUGUUCUCAAAUUGUUAUAAGUACAACCCACCUGAUCACGAGGUCGUCGCCAUGGCACGAAAACUCCAGGACAUGUUUGAGAUGCGCUUCGCUAAGAUGCCGGACGAGGCAGCCGAGGCGACCGUGGUGGGCGCUGCUGCCGGAGCGGGCGUGGUCAGUAAAAGCACGGCGAGCAGCGAGAGCAGCGGCGAAUCCUCUAGCUCGGACAGCUCCGACUCGGAGGAGGAGAGAGCAACUCGCCUUGCCGAGCUGCAGGAACAGGUGGGUGCGGAACAGCUGAAAGCCGUCCACGAGCAGCUCGCUGCUCUCUCGCAGGCUCCUGUCAGCAAACCAAAGAAGAAGAAAGAAAAGAAGGACAAAGACAAGAAGAAGAAAGACAACAAACUGAACAAAGGCAAGCUAGAAGACGAUAAGAAGGCUAAGGCGGUGCAGCCUGCGAAACAGCCCCAGCAGAAAAAGGCGCCAGCCAGGAAAGCUAACAGCACUGUCCCUGGCAACAGGCAAGCCAAGAAGGGAGCAAGAGGAGGGCUAGGCUACGAGUCGGAGGACGAAGACGCGGCUCUGCCCAUGACGUACGACGAGAAGCGGCAGCUGAGUCUGGACAUCAACAGACUGCCUGGAGAGAAGCUGGGCCGUGUGGUGCACAUCAUCCAGUCCCGUGAGCCCUCGCUGCGAGACUCCAACCCCGACGAGAUCGAGAUCGACUUUGAGACACUCAAACCUUCCACCCUGCGUGAGCUCGAGCGAUACGUCAAAACCUGUUUACAGAAGAAACAAAGGAGACCUUUACAGAAAGGUGGCGCCGGACCAGGUACGGGUCCGUCACGGCUCAGCGGCAGCAGCAGCUCUUCAGACUCGGGCAGCAGCAGCUCCAGCGGCUCCACUUCAGACAGCAGUGACUCCGACUGAUCCCUUUUUUUAUUUCCACUUUUAAUUUCUUCUCUUUUUUUUUUUUAUGUCGUGUGCAGUCGUGAUUGUUUCUCUAAGACUUUUUAUAUAAGAAAGAGAGAGAGAAAAAGAAACAAUGAAAAUGCAUCAUGUCUGAACUUUUUUUUUUCUUUUCUAAGAAAUACCAUUAUGGGGAAAAAAAUUACAAAAAAAAGUUAAAUUAAGCGAUUACAUAUUUCCAGUGACCGUGAAAGGGAUGUUUUAGAUCAGCCAAGCUAUAAAGAAAACAUUUCUGAAGCGUCCGUGGAAAGAAAGGAAACGGAACCUUCACAACUCGAUUGCAAAUGGGUUGGAAUAAUAAAAAAAAAAAAUGUUAAAAACAAACAAACAAAAAAAAAAAAACGGUAACCAAUGGCAUCUCUGGGCAAGAAAGAAAUAAUGGAAGCUCAUGGACAGUUAUUUUUUUAUUUCAGAUGCUCCCGAUUUCCAAAAUCGGCUCCUGUGUAUUUAUUUUUAUUUUUCCUUUAUUCCUUUGCAACUUUUUUUUUUUUUUUUUUUUUGCUUUCUUUCUUCUUUCUCCUCCUUAUUCUCUUCAUACUCUCUGUGCCAUGAAUAGAUUUUAUUUUAAUUUGUAUUUUUUUCACACAUUCAUAAAAAUCAAUGGUGUUCGUGUCCGCUUG